AUGUUCAUUAUUAUUCGUGCCUUGGUUACUUUUGUUUCUCUAACAGCUUUAGGAUUUCAGAACAGAACAAUAAAUUUUGUGACGGAGUUUGUCCUCCUGGGUUUCCAUGGUCAAAAGGAAAUGCAGAGAUUCUUUUUCUCAUUACUCCUGGUUCUCUAUCUCCUGACCCUGCUGGGGAAUGGAGCUAUUGUCUGUGCGGUGAAAUGGGACAGACGGCUCCACACACCCAUGUACAUCCUCUUGGGAAACUUUGCCUUCCUAGAGAUCUGGUAUGUUUCCUCCACUGUCCCAAACAUGCUGGUCAAUAUCAUCUCUGAUACCAAGACCAUCUCCUUUUCUGGCUGCUUCCUCCAAUUCUAUUUCUUUUUUUCACUGGGUACAACAGAGUGUUUCUUCUUAUCAGUUAUGGCUUAUGAUCGGUACCUGGCCAUCUGUCGUCCACUGCACUACCCCUCCAUCAUGACUGGGAAGUUCUGUGUAACCCUGAUCUGUGUUUGCUGGGUGAGUGGAUUUCUCUGCUAUCCAGUCCCUAUUGUCCUUAUCUCCCAACUUCCCUUCUGUGGACCCAACAUCAUUGACCACUUCGUGUGUGACCCAGGCCCAUUGUUUGCACUGUCCUGUGUGCCUGCUCCUUUCACUGAGCUUAUUUGUUACACCUUCAACUCAGUGAUUAUCUUUGGGCCCUUCCUCUCCAUCUUGGGAUCUUACACUCUGGUACUUAGAGCUGUGUUUCGUGUUCCCUCUGGUGCUGGCCGAAUUAAAGCUUUCUCCACGUGUGGGUCUCACCUAAUGGUGGUGUUUCUAUUCUAUGGAACCCUUAUGGUGAUGUAUGUGAGCCCAGUAUCAGGAAACCCAGCAGGAAGGCAGAAGAUCAUGACUUUGGUGUACUCAGCAGUGACUCCACUCUUAAAUCCCCUUAUCUAUAGUCUCCGAAACAAAGACAUGAAAGAUGCCCUAAAGAAAGUGCUAAGAUUAACAAUUAGCCAAAACUGA